AUGAUUGUACAAGGUGAAUUUUCAAAGGAGAAUGGUUCACAAAUCUUGAUUGCAGAUAGUUCAACGAUGAUGAUGAAAAUCAUAUUUGAUGAUGUGUCAGCAGUAACUAGUCAGAAUAAUUUUCUUUGCAUCUUUACUCCGUAUGCAGAAGCAGUUGUUCUCAGUGCUGUUAUAUUAAUAGUGAUCGGAUUAGUUCUUGGAUUAAUAAUAAUAAUCGUCAGAAAACUACAUUCUACAUCUACAAAGAACAGUUUCUUCAUGGUUAUAACC